CUUUGUCCUUCAAAGUAUCCCAAGAGGUGCUGAUUGUAUUUUUUUAAAAAUAUUUAAAACAAUGUUACUAGUUUAAAUCCCAACACACACUCCAUAAGACAAAUUUUAUUUAACAUUGGCUAUUGAUGUUCCCUUGAGCAUGACACUGAACUCAGCAACUACUGGAUGACUUGGAGAAGGAAGAGAUUUGAAGUCUCUCUCCCCUCAGGGUCAUGUGAUUUCUUGUAAGUUGCAGAAGUGAAACUAAAUUCAACGGAGCAGGUGGAUAAAAUGGCGUCUGACGCGGGGUGGCAGUACUGGAACUGAAAGUCUUCAACGGAGCAGAGCAGAUGGAUAAAAACUGACGUCUGACGCAGGUCAGUGUUACUGGUUUACCUCUCAGACUGACUGAAGUCCACAAGAUGAGUGCUCGUGUGGAGGAAGAGGAGGACAGAGCAGAGCCUCCAGUAUCCAACGUUCUGUCUAUGAAGAGUGACCGGUACAACGAUCAUUUUACGACCUUCAGUAAUGAACCUGGACCCUCAAGCACAAAAGGUCAGACAGACCACAGACAGAGAGCAGAGUCUCCAGCAUGGGACUGUCUGUCUAUGAAGAGUGACCAGUCCAACCGUCAACCUCCGACCUUCAGUAAUGAACCUGGACCCUCAGACACAAAAGGUCAGACAGACCACAGACAGAGAGCAGAGUCUCCAGCAUGGGACUGUCUGUCUAUGAAGAGUGACCAGUCCAACCGUCAACCUCCGACCUUCAGUAAUGAACCUGGACCCUCAGACACAAAAGGUCAGACAGACCACAGACAGAGAGCAGAGUCUCCAGCAUGGGACUGUCUGUCUAUGAAGAGUGACCGGUCCCACCGUCCUCCUCUGAACUUCAGUAAUGAACCUGGACCCUCAGACACAAAAGAGAGGAUGAGGAAGAGGAGGAGUGGUGUUUCUGUGGUGGAGCAGCUGUCCUGCUGUUCUUUGUGUCAGGAGGACAUCCUGAAGGAUCCAGUCUCUACCAGCUGUGGACACUGGUUCUGCAGACAGUGCAUCAACUCAUACUGGGACCAGUCUGCUUCAUCAGGAGACUUCUCCUGUCCUCAGUGUGGAAAAAGAUCCAGGACAAGAUCUGGACUGCAGACAGACAGUCAGACCAUCACUGUACAAAUGAAUGUUGCUCUCUGGGAGGUUUUACAUGAACAUAAGAUCAGUCUGAGGAGGAGAUGUGAAUGUGUGACUGAAGGAACUGAUGAAGCAGGAAGUGAAACCCUCCUCAACAGCAUCUACACUGAGCUCUACAUCACAGAGGGACAGAGUGAAGAGGUGAAUACCCAACAUGAAGUGAGGCAGCUUGAGACAGCUUCCAAGAUGAAGAUCCUCCAUGACACUCCAAUCAGGUGUCACGACAUCUUUAAAGUCUUACCUGACCAACAGAGACACAUCAGAGUCGUUAUGACGAGUGGCGUCGCUGGUGUUGGAAAAACUUUCACAGUAAAGAAGUUUACUCUGGACUGGGCAGAGGGCUUGGAAAACCAAGAUGUCAGUCUGGUGAUUCUCUUUUCAUUCAGGGAGCUGAACUUGAUCAAAGAUGAGCAGUACAGUCUUCUCAUGCUGAUCCAUGAUUUCCAUCCAACAUUGAAGAAGGUCACAGCAGAGAAGCUGGCUGUCUGUAAAGUUUUGUUCAUCUUUGACGGCCUGGAUGAAAGCAGACUGUCAUUAGAUUUCAAGAACAGGAAGGUCGUGUCUGAUGUCACACAGAAGUCAUCAGUCAACAUGCUGUUGACAAACCUCUUCAUGGGGAAUCUACUUCCCUCGGCUCUCAUCUGGAUAACUUCCCGACCUGCAGCAGCCAAUCAGAUCCCUCCUACAUGUGUUAACAGGGUAACAGAAGUACGAGGCUUCACUGACGCCCAAAAGGAGGAGUACUUCAGGAGGAGAUUCAGCGAUAAAGAUCUCUUCAGCAAAAUAAUCUCACACAUUAAGACAUCCAGGAGCCUCCACAUCAUGUGUCACAUCCCAGUCUUCUGCUGGAUCACUGCUACAGUUCUGGAGCACAUGUUGACUACAGACCAGAGAGGAGAGCUGCCCAAGACCCUGACUGACAUGUACUCACACUUCCUGCUGGUUCAGACAAAGAGGAAGAAGCACAAGUAUGAUAAGGGACAUGAGAUGAGUCCACAGGAGCUGACAGAGGCUGACAGGGAAGUUCUUCUGAAGCUGGGGAGGCUGGCGUUUGAACAUCUGAAGAAGGGAAACAUCAUAUUCUACCAAGAAGACCUGGAGCAGUGUGGUCUUGAUGUCACAGAGGCCUCGGUGUACUCAGGAUUUUGUACAGAGAUCCUCAAAACAGAGAGUGUGAUCUUCCAGAAAACAGUCUACAGCUUUGUUCAUCUGAGUGUUCAGGAGUUUCUGGCUGCAGUUUACAUGUACCACUGUUACACCAGCAGCAACACAGAGGUACUGAAGGCCUUCCUGGGAAAAAAAUAUAGUCACUCAUCCCUGGAUGUCUUCCUGAUGAAAUCCAUGGAAAAAUCUCUCAGAAGUAAAAAUGGCCAUCUGGACCUGUUUGCUCGUUUCCUUCAUGGCCUCUCUCUGGAGUCCAACCAGAGUCUCUUAGGAGGCCUGCUGGGUCAGAAAAAGACCAGUCCAGAAAUCAUCCAGAGAGCCAUCAACAAACUGAAGAAGAAGAACAUCUCUGUGUCUCCUGACAGAAGCAUCAACAUCUUCCACUGUCUGAUGGAGAUGAACGACCGCUCAGUACAUCAGGAGAUCCAAGAGUUCCUGAAGUCAGAGAACAGAUCAAAGAAGAAACUCUCUGAGAUCCACUGCUCAGCUCUGGCCUACAUGCUGCAGAUGUCAGAGGAGGUUCUGGAUGAGUUGUACUUGAAGAAGUACAACACAUCAGAUAAGGGACGACUGAGACUGAUCCCAGCUGUGAGGAACUGCAGAAAGGCUGUGCUUAAGGGCUUUGGACUCUCAGAGACUCACUGUGAAGUUGUGGCCUCAGCUCUGAAGUCCAACCCCUCCCAUCUCAGAGAGCUUGACCUGAGUGAAAACUCCAACCUGAAGGACUCAGGAUUGAUUCUGUCUGCUGGACUGGAGAGUCCAAACUGUAGACUGGAGACUCUGAGAUUGGAGAACUGCAGGUUGUCAGAGAUCAGCUGUGCUUCUCUGCUCUCAGCUCUGAAGUCCAACCCCUCCCACCUGAGAGAGCUUGAUCUGAGUGGAAACUCCAGUGUCAACGGUUCAGAAAAGAAUGUGCUGUGUGAUUUUCUGGAGAGUCCACACUGUAGACUGGAGACUCUGAGAUUGGAGAACUGCAGGUUGUCAGAGAUCAGCUGUGCUUCUCUGCUCUCAGCUCUGAAGUCCAACCCCUCCCACCUGAGAGAGCUUGAUCUGAGUGGAAACUCCAGUGUCAACGGUUCAGAAAAGAAUGUGCUGUGUGAUUUUCUGGAGAGUCCACACUGUAGACUGGAGACUCUGAGAUUGGAGAACUGCAGGUUGUCAGAGAUCAGCUGUGCUUCUCUGCUCUCAGCUCUGAAGUCCAACCCCUCCCACCUGAGAGAGCUUGAUCUGAGUGGAAACUCCAGUGUCAACGGUUCAGAAAAGAAUGUGCUGUGUGAUUUUCUGGAGAGUCCACACUGUAGACUGGAGACUCUGAGAUUGAAGAGCUGCAGGUUGUCAGAGAUCAGCUGUGCUUCUCUGGUCUCAGCUCUGAAGUCCAACCCCUCCCAUCUGAGAGAGCUUGAUCUGAGUGACAACGAGAGUCUCAACGGUUCAGGAACAAAGUUGUGUGAUUUUCUGGAGAGUCCACACUGUAGACUGGAGACUCUGAGAUUGAAAUACUGCAGUUUGUCAGAGAUCAGCUGUGCUCCUCUGCUCUCAGCUCUGAAGUCCAACUCCUCCCAUCUGAGAGAGCUGAAUCUGAGCUACAACUACAAACUGAGGGAUUCAGAAAUGAAGAUGAUGUCUGAACUUGAGGAGAUUCCACACUGUAGACUUGAAACUCUGAGAUUGUGGGACUGCAGUUUGUCAGAGAUCAGCUGUGCUCCUCUGGCCUCAGCUCUGAGGUCUGACCCCUCCCAUCUAACAGAGCUGAAUCUGAGUAACAACAAAAUCCAGGAUUUAGAAAUGAAGAUGCUGGAUGAAUUUCUGGAGAGUCCACACUGUAGACUGGAGACUCUGAGAUUGGAGAGCUGCAGUUUGUCAGAGAUCAGCUGUGCUUCUCUGCUCUCAGCUCUGAAGUCCAACCCCUCCCACCUGAGAGAGCUGGAUCUGAGCUACAACAAGAGUCUCGACGGUUCAAGAACAAAUCUACUGUGUGAUUUUCUGGAGAGUCCACACUGUAGACUGGAGACUCUGAGAUUGAGGAGCUGCAGUUUGUCAGAGAUCAGCUGGGCUUCUCUGCUCUCAGCUCUGAAGUCCAACCCCUCCCACCUGAGAGAGCUGGAUCUGAGUGACAACGAGAGUCUCGACGGUUCAAGAACAAAUCUGCUGUGUGAUUUUCUGGAGAGUCCAGACUGUAGACUGGAGACUCUGAGAUUGAAGAACUGCAGGUUGUCAGAGAUCAGCUGUGCUUCUCUGCUCUCAGCUCUGAAGUCCAACCCCUCCCACCUGAGAGAGCUGGAUCUGAGUUGGAACUACAGUGUCAACGGUUCAGAAAAGAAUGUGCUGUGUGAUUUUCUGGCGAGUCCAGACUGUAGACUGGAGACUCUGAGAUUGGAGAGAUGCAGGUUGUCAGGGAUCAGCUGUGCUUCUCUGCUCUCAGCUCUGAAGUCCAACCCCUCCCACCUGAGAGAGCUGGAUCUGAGCUACAACGAGAGUCUCGACGGUUCAAGAACAAAUCUACUGUGUGAUUUUCUGGAGAGUCCACACUGUAGACUGGAGACUCUGAGAUUGUGGAGAUGCAGUUUGUCAAAGAGCAGCUGUGCUUCUCUGCUCUCAGCUCUGAAGUCCAACCCCUCCCACCUGAGAGAGCUGGAUCUGAGCUUCAACGAGAGUCUCGACGGUUCAAAAAGGAAUCUGCAGUUUGAUUUUCUGGAGAGUCCACACUGUAGACUGGAGACUCUGAGAUUGAUUUGCUGCAGUUUGUCAGAGAUCAGCUGUGCUUCUCUGGUCUCAGCUCUGAAGUCCAACCCCUCCCACCUGAGAGAGCUGGAUCUGAGAUACAGCUCCGUGAGUUCUUCAGACAAGAAGCUGCUGUCUGAUCUUAAGAAGAGUCCAGACUGUAGACUGGAGACUCUGAGCUUGUAGUGAUGAUCUCUGUCAGAGUGAGUGAACAUCCAGGAGUUCGUGUUGAGAGAGGAUCAGCUGUAUCCUGAUGAUCCAGAGAGGUUGAAGCAGCAGCAGCAGCAGCUUGUGUGUAGAGAGACUCUGACUGGGCCAUGUUACUGGGAGGUAGAGUGGAGAGGAGAGCUUCAUCCAGCAGUGACUGACAGAGGAAUCAGAAGAAGUGGAGAUGAGUCUCAGUGCUGCAGUCUGAACUGAUCUGAGAACAGCUCCACUGUCACACACAAAGUCAAAUCCACCAUCAUCCCUGUGUGUUCCUCUGGAUCUGACAGAGUAUCAUCAGUGUAUCUGGACUGCUCUGCUGCUGCUCUGUCCUUCUACACAGUCUCUGCAGACACACCCAGACUCCUCCACUCAACCACCUCCUCCACCCUCCUCCUGGACCUGAGUCUCAGUCCAGAUUUUGGUCCGUGUGGAUCAUCUCCAGCAGAGGCUUGUUUAGAAAGACUUUCCUGCCUUUGUAUAUAAGUUGUAUAUAUGUUUUAAAUGUCUCUUUACUGUCAGACAUGUGACCAUCUGUAUCUGUUGAAACCAGAGUGACACUGCAGAUUAUUGCAGAAUCACUUGACACUAUAACCGUUAAUUUACAGGAUUGUACAUAUCAGAGAAUAUUGACGUAUAUUAUAUAUCAAUAUAUAAUAUUGAGUAGGCUAGUAGUGUGAUGUGUGAAUCAAACAUCCCUCAGGAUUAUGUGAGAUCUGUCAAAUAGAGGAAUCAGUGCAGCAUGUAAUUUUUCACUGUCCUAAAUAAUGUCGAGAUUGAUAAACAUUAAAGAGGGAAAUCAGGAAGAAAUUAGUCUAAAAAAUGUAUUUGCCAUCGGGUUAGGGAGUUUAUUCCAUUUGUAUGAAAGCCUAGCAUUUUUACCACUUAACAAGGUGACAUCACACACAAGGAUUCUCUCCCUCUCUCACCUUCCUGACACACAGCCCUGCCCAACUUUGAAGUAGUUGAUGAGCGGAGCAGAAUUUUCCUUUCAUCACGAUAGUGAAACCCCACCAAGAGUCAAUAAUAUGGACUGUCUAUAACCUCUGAUGUGUGCGUGAAGGACAUACAUGCAAGCUUCGGCACUUAUUUUGUUAAUUUUGCUGUCUGAAUCAACCUUCUGAUUCACAUAUUUUACCUUAUUCUGUUACACUGUUUCAUUUAGCAUACUUGCUGAUGGGUUUGCUAGCUUAAUUGAUGGAUGGUUUAAUUACUUUGUAGAUGGAGUUACUUUAUUAUCAAUGAUGUUCAUGCUAAUGUAGGUUAUUUAGGAGAAUGUAGUUGUAUUAAAUGUAUAUUACUGUUCACCAGCAGGGUAUAUACAUACACAUAUAUAUUACUGUGUGCUAAUGAUGGUAAUUCCGUAUUGCUUUAUUGGUGUAUAGUUGAAACAUAUAUAUUUUUCUCCAUAUUAUGAUCAUCUGCUAACGUUUAGGAAUGGAGUUAGCUAGCACAAUACACAGUGUAGCUAUUGUAAACAGAAAUAAUUUGAACAUUUAUUGAAAUGAAACCAUGUGAGAAGUUUAGAGGGAAAAAUCACUAUUUGGUGGAGCUGUUAACAACUCAUAGACAUCUGACAUCUGAAAAAAGAAAGUUGUAUGAGAGAGAGUAGCUGCACCAAAAUGAGCUCCUGAAUACAUCUCAAACUUGGACCUAAAAAGUGGAACAUUUUGCAAAAUAACCUGCAAAUAAUCUUCAGAA